UGCGUGCGUGUCUGUGUGCGCGCGCGCGCGUGUGUUUUAUUGCGAGUCCGUCGGUGCGUGCGUGCGCACACGCGCGCGUAUAAAUAUCGGCGCUCUCGCCCCGCCGAACCUCGCGGUGUACCGACUGGUGGCGGGCGCUCCCCGACCGCGACUCACACGGCGAACGCGCAUCGCCACCGCUCCCCUGCCGUCUUCACCGCGUCUCCCUGCUGCGUCUCCCUGCGCCUCUCUCACAUUUUUAUUUUUAAUUUCCCCUGCACAUCUGCAUCUCCCUGUAUCGUCUUCCCGCGCCUCCCUCCCCGUGCAUCCAUUCCCUCAUCUCCUCUCUCCGCCCCCCCCCCACUCCGCUCCACAACCCCGGAUCGCGUGGGAGGAGGAAAUCCGUGAACGUCCGGAGACCCCCCCCCUCCACCCCCUCCAACGACUCGCGACCAAAAACGAGGCGCUGGUGUCACCGAAGAGGCGAACGACAUGAGCGACAAUCGAGGAAUGCCAGGGCGGCCCAGGGGAGGCAUGGGAGGCCGCGCCUUCAGCGAGGUCGGGGAGCGAUGGGGGGGCUCCCCAGACCGACACCCGGGCGCACUCAGGAGCAGGGCUGCGAGUGAGGACAGAUUCGGGGGCCCCCCACCCGAGCCGCCGGGCCCCACCCUCCCGCAGGUAGAGCUCACGGAGGAGGAGAGGAGAAUCAUCCAGGAGGUGAUGACGCGAGCAGAGCGCAUGGAGAGCCAGGAGCAAGAGCGAAUAGGGAUGCUCGUGGAGAGGGUGGAGGGGCUGCGUCAGACGGCCGCGGGGGGCCCCACGGCAGGCGGCGAGGGGGGCUGCUCGCUCUGUGGGGGGGCGCUGGGGACCGGCGACUCGAGCCGCGUCUGCCACGACUGUAAGAAGAGCGUGUGCGGGAGGUGCGGGGUGCAGACGUCGACUCGCAAGCAGAGCCGCGUGUGGGUGUGCCGUCUGUGUAACGAGCAGCGGGAGCUGUGGAAGCGCUCAGGCGCGUGGUUCUUCAAGGGGCUGCCCAAGUACGUGCUGCCCUCCCAGAGCUCCCUCGCCUCUCCGAGCAGCGCCGAGGAGCUCGCCACUCCGGAGUCGGGGGGCGAGGAGCGCGUGACCCGGACCGACAGCGCCGCCGCCUUCUCCUCCUCCUCAUCCUCCGUGCAGCGCGCUCGCAGGCGCGGAGCUUCCGAAUCCCCCGGAGGGGAGGGUGAUGGGGGGGACGAGGGGUCGCGGGGGAGGGGCCAGCGGCCCCCACCGCGGCGCGGGGAGGUGACACACGGAUUGGGGGGCGCCGAAGGGGCGGGGCCGCCCGCUUCGAGGGGGGCUCGCCCCCCCGCGGCGUCGUCACGUGACCGCGCGCACGACUCGGGUCACGUGGGCGGGGAGCCCGGGGGACGAGGAGACGAGACGGCUCAUGACGUCACACGUACCUCGUCAGGGGCUCCUAGCCGCGCGGACCUCGGGCCGCCCCCCACGUCACGACCCCAACAAGGGGGUCCUGGUGCCCAGGCCCCCCCCGCGAGGGACUCCCCCUACCACACACCCUCGGGAGACCCCGGUGUCGCACAGAGGCCCGGGCAGGUGAGCGCGCGGUACUCGGAGGCCAGGCCAGCCAUGAACCGCUCGGGGGCUCCGGGGGCAGUCGCGGCGGGGGGAGCCGCAGGGGGAGCCGCGGACGGAGGAGACGCGGCGGGGAGGGACGGAGAAGCGGGAAGAGACGCGGCGGUGGCCAUGCGGGAACGAGAGCGACUCCAGCAGAUUCAGGCGGAGAGAGCGGAGCGCGAGAGGGGGGAGCGCGAGAGGGCGGCCGUGGCUGUGGUGGUGGCGGUGGCCGCGCCCGCCGCCGAGUCGGAGCGAGACGUGGAGCGAGACGAUGACAGCGGGGACUCGGAUGACAGCACUACUCUGGGCACGCUGGAAUUCACUCUGCUCUACGAACAGGCGAACAACGCCCUGCACUGCACCAUCAUCAAGGGCAAGGGACUCAAGCCCAUGGACUCAAACGGUCUCGCCGACCCUUACGUGAAGCUGCAUCUUCUGCCCGGAGCGAGCAAGGCGAACAAACUGCGCACGAAGACGCUGCGGAACACGCUGCACCCCGUGUGGAACGAGACGCUCACCUACCACGGCAUCACGGACGACGACAUGCUGCGCAAGACGCUACGGGUGUCCGUGUGCGACGAGGACAAAUUCGGUCACAACGAGUUCAUCGGGGAGACGCGGAUUCCCCUGAAGAAGCUCAAGGCGAACCAAGCUAAAAACUUCAACAUCUGUCUGGAGAGGCAACUCCCGUCUGCUCGCAGGAGCGGCACUGGGAUGGGAGGAGCGCGUGGGAUGGCUCUGUACGAGGAAGAGGGAGAUAAGAGCGAGGAGAAGGGUCAGGAGGAGAGGGGCCGCGUCCUCAUCGGCCUCCGCUACAGCAUGCAGAAGGCCGGCCUGCUGGUGACGGUGCUGCGCUGUGCUCACCUGGCCGCCAUGGAUGCCAAUGGAUACUCGGACCCCUUCGUGAAGCUGCAUCUGAAACCUGACAUGGGCAAGAAGGCCAAGUGCAAGACGAGCAUCAAGAAGAAGACCCUGAACCCCGAGUUCAACGAGGAAUUCUUCUUUGACAUCAAACACAGCGACCUCGCCAAGAAGACGCUAGAGGUCACCGUGUGGGACUACGACAUCGGGAAAUCAAACGACUUCAUCGGCGGGGUGGAGCUGGGCAUCAACGCGAAGGGCGAGCGUCUGAAGCACUGGUUUGAGUGUCUCAAGAACAAGGACAAGCGCAUCGAGCGCUGGCACACGCUCACCGGGGAGGCUCCGGGCUCCGGGGCGCUGAGCGACUGAUCUCCCGUCGCGGCAUCUAAACCCCUCUCCCCUACCACCACCACCACCUCACCCCGCCAACAUACCCCCAGCCCUUACCGAACACACCACACGGGAGUUGGUUGCCGUGGGUUCCCCCCCGCCCCUCCUGCCCUUCCCACCCCCACGUGAGGCAGGAAGGCCGCCCGGCGCCCGACUGGCUGAUGAGACCCAGGAGGUCGAACCCAGGCCAGAGAUUGCGUGCUUCGGCAAACACCGUCACUGCUCGAUGUCACACGCUGCUCCGCGCUGACAGGCGGCAGCGUUGUUGUUUACUCGCAGGAGGGGAGCUCUGGUCCACAGCUGUCUGCCAAACAUUACCGAACGUGUCACCCUUCGAGUAUAGCCGUCAAGCCGCGUUAUACGUGCCGCACGCGCCUGAUGAUUGCUAAACGCAUAGCACGUGUAAUCAACCCCUGCUCCUCCAUAGCAUGUGAUUUGGCAUUUUCUCUCCAACGAUCUUCCAUGUAGCCUGAACAGACUGUUGGGGCAAGUUGCUGUUAGCAAGUAGCAGCUAUGAAGGCCGGCACGGCACACGAGAGGGCGGGUGGCCAGGACCACGCCCGGCCGUCUUUGUCUUCCGAGUGGCGA